ACGCACAGCCCCGAGGAGGAGCCCAGCUGGGGGAAACCCUCCCCGCCCUGAGUGUCCUACAUCUUCCAGAGGGGGAACAGCAGCGCCGCUGGAUUUACGCGGAUUUAUUUUAUUUAAUUUUUUUUUUUUUCCCCUCUUCCCACGCAGCAAUUCCCAGCCCCAGCUGCUCCUGGCGCCGCUCGCAGCCCGGCGAGGAGUGGGAGGAAGGGGAUGCUCGGAGGAUUUGGGAAAAUCCGGAGCAUUUCCAGCCAUGAGCUGCUCCGUCUCUGCGUGAGCUGCCGAGGCGGCUCUGGAGCCGCAGGAUUGAUGGAGAGGCGCUGAAAGCACCAACCCCUUCCCAGCAGCCACCAUGGAGCUGCCCAGCACCAAAGACUUCCAGUGGAAGUCUCUGGCGCCGCUGCCCAGCCGCAGGGUUUACUCCACGCUGGUGGAGGCGGGCGGGCAAGUGUUCGCCGUGGGCGGCUGCGACGACAACGGCGUCGCCGUGGACUCCUUCGAGGUCUACUCGCCCGAGGCCGACCAGUGGGCAGCGCUGCCCGCCAUGCCCACGGCCAGGGCCGGCGUGGCCGUCACCGUGCUGGGCAAGAGGAUCAUGGUGAUCGGCGGCGUGGGCGCCAACCAGCUGCCGCUGAAGGUGGUGGAGAUGUACAACACGGACGAGGGGCGCUGGAGGAAGCGCAGCUCGCUCCGCGAGGCGGCCAUGGGCAUCUCGGUGGCGGCCAAAGAUUACAGGGUGUACGCAGCGGGCGGGAUGGGCUCGGACCUGCGGCCCCACAACUUCCUGCAGCACUAUGACGUGCUCAAGGACAUCUGGGUGUCCCUGGCUGCCAUGCCCACCCCCCGCUACGCGGCCACGUCCAUCCUGAGGGGCACCAAGAUCUACGUGCUGGGGGGAAGGCAAUCCAAGUACGCCGUCAACGCCUUCGAGGUUUUCGACACGGACACGCGCUCCUGGACUAGGUUCCCCACCAUUCCCACCAAGAGAGCCUUCUCCAGCUUCGUGCCCACCGAGGAGAAGCUCUUCAGCCUCGGGGGGCUGCGCCAGGGCCGGCUCUACCGGCAGCCCAAGUUCAUGAGGACCGUGGACGUCUUCGACCUGGAGCAAGGUGGGUGGAUGAAGGUGGAGCGCUCCUGCUACCUGAAGAAAAGGCGAGCAGACUUCGUGGCCGGCUACCUGCGAGGCAGAGUUGUCGUGGCUGGGGGCCUGGGGAAUCAGCCGACUGUGCUGGAGUCGGCAGAGGCUUUCCACCCCGAGAAGAACAAGUGGGAGAGCCUCCCCCCCAUGCCCACCCCGCGCUGCGCCUGCUCCAGCAUCGUGCUGAGGGACUGCCUGCUGGCCGUGGGGGGCGUCAGCCAGGGGCUCAGCACGGCCGUGGAGGCCCUGUGCCUCUCUGACUCCUGAUCCGAGCCCACCUGAGGGGGGAUCCCACCUGGAACAGGGCCCUGUGCCUCUCUGACUCCUGAUCCGAGCCCACCUGAGGGGGGAUCCCACCUGGAACAGGGCCCUGUGCCUCUCUGACUCCUGAUCCGAGCCCACCUGAGGGGGGAUCCCACCUGGAACAGGGCCCUGUGCCUCUCUGACUCCUGAUCCGAGCCCACCUGGAGGAGAACAGGGCCCUGUGCCUCUCUGACUCCUGAUCCGAGCCCACCUGGAGAAGGAUCCCACCUGGAACAGGGCCCUGUGCCUCUCUGGUUCCUGACUGGAUCCCACCUGGAACAGGUCCCUGUCCCUGGCUGUCCCCAGCAGUGACGUUGGGGACAGUGCUGGCAGGCCCCAGGAUUGGGACAGCACCAUCCAACUGCUGUAGGGGCCUGGUAGCUCCUCCAGAACCGCAUCCAGGGAUUCUGGUGCCUCCUUUCCUGGCACUGCUGUCCGUGAGGAACCCCCACACUGGCCAGGGGUCCCUUCCUGUCACUGUCACAGCUCCAUGGGGACAUCCAGCCGGAGGAGCUGCUCCCCACAUCUCCAUGGGGGACAAACUGCUCCUCACAUCUCCAUGGGGGACAAACUGCUCCCCACAUCUCCAUGGGGUAGGAAUUGCUCCCCACAUCUCCGUGGGGACAUCCAUCAAGAGGAACUGCUCCUCACAUCUCCAUGGGGGACAAACUGCUCCCCACAUCUCCAUGGGGUGGAACUGCUCCUCACAUCUCCAUGGGGUAGGAAUUGCUCCUCACAUCUCCAUGGGGUAGGAAUUGCUCCCCACAUCUUCACCGGGACACCCAGCUGGAGGAGCUGCUCCCCACAUCUCCAUGGGGACACCCAGCCAGAGGAAUUUCUCCCCACAUCUCCAUGGGGCCACCCAGCUGGAGAAACUUCUCCCCACAGCUCCUGCCCACGUGAAGGACUCCAGAGAUCCCUGUGUGGGAAUUGUGUCCCUGCAGCCAUCCCGGUCACAGGUGACAUCUUGGGAGGAGCUGGGGCUCUCCAGAGGGGUCACUGGUGGCUCAGGGGGCACAGUGGUGGUGUCCUCCUCCAUCCUGGGAUCUGCGGGUGCUUCCCUACAGAUUUUUCUCCCAGAGGAAACUCCAAACCUGCAGCAGGAUCUGGGAUCACUCUCUGCCUUCCCAGCCGGGCUUCUCCUGCCAUCCCGUGGCUGUUCCUCGGGAUUCCAGCAGGAGCUGGGGCCUGGGGCUGCUCCCGAGGGUGAACUGCGCUCUGGCUCCUCACUGCUGGCACAGGACUGGCACAGGACUGGCACAGGACUGGCACAGCCGGGUGCCAGGUGGGGGUGGCCUCAUCCCUGCCCUCCCCUGGGAUUCUCCUGCUGGGAAAUGGGACCCAGCAGGACACAACCUCCCCGGGUUCGGCGCAGCAGGGCUGUGCCCGCCCUCCAGGUGCCGGAGGUGUGACCCCAGCCCAGUUCGGGUGGGUCGGGCGCUCCUGGCCGUGCCUGCAGCGCGGGUUUGGGAUUGAAGCGGGUUCGGGUGGUUUGGUUCGGGCUGAGCCGCGCUGGGUCUCCUCCCAGAGCUGUGAACAGCAGAUGGCAUCCCUGGGCCGAGCUGCGGCUGCAGCGGCACCUCCGGCAGCCCUCCCGCUGUCCCCGGCUGCCCUGGCCCGGUGGCGCUGGACCGGGGCGGCUCUAAAAUCCCGUUUCAGGUGCUGCAAGAUCCAACACAUGAUGUGGAUGCUGCGCGUCUCCCUCAGUAUUUUUUUUCCCGUAGAAAGACCCCCCCGAGGAGCCCAAACACCCGCCAGGAGCUGGGACAGGGCUGGAUUUGGGUCCAAAGGGUCCCUGAUGCUGCUGCCCGGGAAAUGUCUCCAGAACUGGGUCCUGCUGCAGCUCCCCGAGCUCUGCAGUGAAUCCCUUGGGAUGAGAGGGCCCCAGAGCUCCUUUCCCUGGAAAAAUGUUGGGUUUGUCACCAGCCAGCUCCUCCUGGCCCUGGGGGGUGCAGGAAGCCCUGGGCCGGUCCCUCUGCCCCCGGAGCCCCCGGGACCCCUCACCCUCCGUGUCUGCUCCUUUUUCCCAACCCAGCCGAGCCUUUGGAGUUUCCCAGCGACAAAAAAAUCCCGGAGCGGCCCCAGCCGUGUCCUCGCCUGAACUCCCCACGCUCGGAGUUUACUGAGAGGCUUUUCAGCCCCGGUGGCUGCUCCAGCACAGAGGCUGAGGGCUGAGCUGGCCCUGCUGCCAAAAAUCAUCAUUUAUCGUCCCCGAGCAGACUUUGUCUGCACAAACAGGAAACUUCCUCAAGGAACAGCCUCCAAAGGAUCGGGUGGCAGAGCAGAAAUGAUUCCUGCACCUUGCCAUAAGCUCGGGACACAGGCUGGGCUGGCUGGUGGGGACAAUAUUUUUGGGGUCAGUUUGUGGUGACAGCUCCCAAAAGGAGCCCAGCGCGGGGUUGUGUGAGCACUACUCCAGCUGCAGCCGGGAAUUCCGCUCUGGAGAGUGGGAAUUGAGCUCUGGGAUCACCUCUGUCACUGCCAUCCUUAUCCUUGGGAUGUCCCCAACCCGCUGGGGCCACCAGCAGCAGAGUCACCCCUGGCUGCUCACAUUCCCGGGAAUCUGCCGGCGCUGGAGCGGAUGUGGAGUCACCAUCCUGAGACACAGACACUUCCUGCCCACUAAAUAAAAGCUCCAGCUUUU